AAACCGGAAACGGAAACAUGAGCAAAAAGAAAUCCGUUCUACAACUAAACUAAUGAAUUCCGAACCUUAAACAUCGGUGUCUUCAACUGACCGAGCAGCGCUGCACGACCAGGUGAAGGAGGCUGUGCAGUAUGCUCUGGAGGCUGGCUAUCGGCACAUUGACUGCGCUGCUGUCUACGGCAAUGAAGCCGAGAUCGGAGCGGCCCUUCAGGAGAAACUGGGGCCGGACAAGGUGAGACCCUGAAACAAGGAGUGAAGCGUGAGGAAGUGUUUGUGACGUCCAAGCUGUGGAACACCCUGCAUCACCCAGAGGAUGUGGAGCCGGCCCUUCUGAAGACACUCAGGGCCCUGAAACUGGACUACCUGGACCUCUACCUCAUCCACUGGCCCCACGCCUUCCAGCGCGGGGACACGUUCUUCCCGAAGAGCGAGGACGGCACGCUGCUCUACGAUCACAUCGACUACAAGGAGACCUGGAGGGCCAUGGAGAAGCUGGUGGAGAAGGGGCUGGUGCGGGCCAUCGGCCUCUCCAACUUCAACAGCAGGCAGAUCGACGACGUCAUCACCAUAGCAACCAUCAAGCCUGCCGUCCUGCAGGUGGAGUGCCACCCCUACCUGGCGCAGACGGAGCUGCUGGCACAUUGCCGGGCUCGCGGGCUGGUGAUGACAGCUUACAGCCCGCUGGGGUCCCCGGACCGUGCCUGGAAGCACCCCGACGAGCCGGUGCUGCUGGAGGAGCCGUUCAUCAAAAAGCUGGCUGAGAAAUACGGCAAAUCACCAGCGCAGGUCAUCCUCAGGUGGCAGGUGCAGCGAGGGGUGGUGACAAUUCCCAAGAGCGUGACCGAGUCCCGUAUCCUUCAGAACAUCCAGGUGUUCGACUUCACGCUGGCGGAUGAAGAGAUGCAGGCGAUGGGAUCGAUGAACAAGAACUGGCGCUACAUUGUACCCAUGAUCACAGUUGAUGGGAAGUCUGUUCCCCGGGAUGCAGGUCACCCCCACUACCCCUUCAACGAGCCCUACUGAGCCCCCUCGCUGUGCCUUCACACUCCUGCUGUAGCCUGGCAACACCUCACUACUACUGCCUUACCUGCUUUGUCACUGACCAGCAGAAAUAAACACUAAACUCAUGGUCUUUGUGUCCCGGGAUCUUUUACAACGUAACACAAUACAAUACACAUUUCUGUAGCACCUUUCAUCACAAGAAUCCCAAAGUGCUUCACACACACACACACACACACCAAUAAAUUCAUAAAUAAAUGAACAGUCUAAUUUCAAUUAAAAACGAAUACAGCAUUUUUAUUAAGUAUAUAUUUAAAAAAGAGACAAAUGUGGUGUUAAUUGUAAAAUUAGAAAAAAUGAGUUUAAAAAGCUAGCUUGUAAAAAUAGAACAAUUAAAAGUGUGUAAAACAAAACAAUAUAUAAAAUUGGCAUUUUAAAAAAAGGAACGUGCAGUUUUGAUUAGAAAAUUUGAAAACUAUGAUAAAAAAAAAGCUAUUGCUUAAAAAUACGUUUUCAAUGUUGAUUUAAAAACAGUAGGAGUCCCAGCUUCCCUGACAGAGGAAGGCAGAGCAUGCCAGAAUUCAGGAGCUUCACAAGAAAGGGCCCUUCCUGCUGUGUUUGUAUUCGUCCUGGAGUAACCAGCAGCCCCACAGUACUGCGGUGGCUGGUUCUCUAGAAAUCCCACAUUCAUCCAAUAGGAAACAUGCUGAAUAUUACUACUACAGUAUUGACAGCCAAUUCAUAUUGUGUGUCUAUUGCAGUAAUAUUGUAUCCUGAUGUAUCUAACUUGUGUUCAGUCUCUGGUCCUGGUGUUCAGUGUCCUGGGGAGGGAUAUUGAAUUCCCGGGACACCUUCCUCAAAACCGGGACGAUCCAGGGAAACCGGGCCAGAGGGCGACCCCAGUGACUGGGUACCUUUUCACUGAAGUUAGUUUUGCUUUGCUUCAGUUUGGAUUGUGUAGAUAUUUCAAAGACAACGCUACAGAUGCUACUCCCUAAUGCCUCGUUGCUGUCCGUGGAGCAGUUCAGACUCACUUUUCAGUGGUCUAGCUGCAAUCAGACCACAUGCCCUACAGCAGCUGUGUCUGACAGUUCAGAUCUAUACAGCAUGCGGCUGGAUUUGACAUAUCUGCAUAUCCUAAAUGAAGCUUAAAAAAA